CGUACCAGGUCGUGCCGUGAGCGAUUGUUCCUGAAAUAUCACAACUCAGUCUCCUGGUAAUUAUUUAUUUAUUGUGAUAUUGCACUCUCGCUGAAACUGUACUUCCAUCUGAUAUGCUAGAAAAUUUACUAUUAAUAUUAAAUUGACCUUACGAAUCAGUGACGAAAAUUCCGUGUUUCUGGUGAAACUACUACGUCUUCUCUCUCUUUAAAUAAACGUACUCGACCCAACACGUGUUACGUUGCAUCAAUGUCCAUAAAAUAAUCUUCAUACGUGUAAAUGGCAAUGUUUACAAUACAUAAUUAAUUCACUGGAACACUUCUGGAAGUAGGAUUAGCCUAUUAAAAUAUGGUCAACAUGAAUAAAAGUUAUCCAAAUAUUUUAGUGACAGGUACGCCUGGUGUAGGAAAAAGUUUAAUGUGUCGUCUUUUAUCAGAAAGAACAGGGUUAACCUGGAUUGAUGUUAGUAAAUUUGCUAUUGAAAACAAAUGUUUAGAAGAGUACGAUGACGUGUAUCAAUGUCCUAUUUUGGAUGAAGAUAAGUUAUUAGAUCAUAUGGAAGAACUUAUGUGUGAAGGUGGAAAAAUUAUUGAUUAUCAUGGGGCUGACUUUUUCCCAGAAAGAUGGUUUGAUAUUGUUUUUGUGUUAAGGACUGACAAUACAAUAUUAUACGAUCGUUUAAAAGAUCGAGGUUAUACUGGAAAAAAAUUAGAAGAUAACAUAGAUUGUGAAAUCUUUCAAACAAUUCUUGAAGAAGCAAAAUCAGCUUAUAGGGAAGAAAUAGUUCAUGAAUUAAUGAGUAAUAAUGUGAAUCAAGUUACAAGCAACGUAGAUAGAAUCUGCCAGUGGAUAGAACAAUGGAAAAUUGAUAAUGAACAAUAACAUUGAAAUUUUUCCUAUCAUGUUAUUUUUAUUGUAUAACAUUAUAUUUAAAAAAAAUGUUGAUACAUUAAUAAGAUAUUUUGUAAGUAACAAACUACUACAUUAUAGUAUGACUUUUAUAUUAAACACAUAUUUAUACAUUAAAAUUGA